CGCAAGUGGAGAGUAGUUACUAGAAACUACUACCGUUUUAUACUAAGUUAAUUAAGGCAAUCCCUAAAAAUAAGAUAAAGAAGGAAAAACAACCGGAUGGUCUACAUCAAUUGUUAUUCUAUUGAAGUCAGAGGGUUUCGAUCUGCUAAGGGCAGAAGGUUUUUAUAAUAGAUAUAAUUUUUAUUUUUGAAUCCUUAAUUAUACGAGUUUGUAUAGAAUUUUGCUUACCUAAAAUCAAAAAGGUUGAAUUACCGAUACACUUCAACAAACAUGAAGCCUACACGCUUUUUCACUCCUGAGAACCUUCAAAUUGUAAAGAGGAUUAUUUCUCGUUACCCAUCUGGCCAGGAAAGGGCUUCUUUGGUUCCUCUGCUGGACUUGGCUCAAAGACAAAAUGGUACAUGGAUUCCCCCUUCAGCAAUGCAAGAGAUAGCCAAUUCUACCGGUCUUUCUUUUGAACAAGUUCAUUCUUUUAUCUUAGGAUAUCCCACAUCGUUUGAGUGGCGCCCUUGCGCUCCACAAUUGCGAAUUUGCAAUUCUUGGAUGUGCUGUCAUAAAGCAAAGCAGCAGGAUUAUGAUAUUUUUGAAGCAGCUCGAUCCGUUGCUCAACCGUAUGGAGUCGAGGUAAAAACGACCGGAUGUUUGGGAGCUUGUUAUGGUGCGCCUGCCUUUUGGUUUAAUGAUAAAAUACACACAGAUGCUACGAAAGAGUUUAUCAAACAAGUAAUUUCAAAAGAAUUAUCUUAAUGAAUGGCUUAUUUUGAAUUGUAUUAGCUCUGCUGAAAGUUUAUUUAUAUCAGUGUUUCAUAAAUGACACUUCAUAUAUGCCCUUUUCUACUAUGGUUUAUCUUGCCAAACCGUUGAGAGCAAUACGAUUACUUGAGUGAAUACAACUUAUAAGACUAAAUUAUAGCCCUAAUGACCCGUCCAAAGGGUGUCAUUUGCAAGUUCCACAACUUCAACAAUGACCAAGAACUACUUACAUGUAAAAUAACGCAAGUUACUUACUAUCGGUGACAUAAAGCCUAAAAGUAAGAAAGGAAAAGAUUUAAAUAUGAUUUUAUAUGAAUAUGAUUAUGCCAAUGCUUAUGAACUAUAUGCAAUAGAUGCAAACAGAAAUGCAGUUAUAUGUAUGUUGAUGCUAUACACUGUCAAGGAAGAUAUCAAAACCCAAGUUACCUUACAAAAUGACGAAUGUCAUCGCUCCAAUAAGGAGAGCAGCGAUAGAAACACCAGCCAUUUGACGGCUAGGGGCAGAAGAAGACUCGCUACCAGAAUGAGAGCCAGACUUGGCGGGGCCAGAGACGGUACUAGUAUUAAAACCAGAUGUACUACCAUUAGCGCUCAUAGCAGCACCAGAGCCAGAGACAGAGCCAGAGCUUAUCACGUUACUGCCGGUGGAAGAGGCAGAACCAGAAGAGCUCGUUGUGCUUUGUAUAGCUUGAGUAUGGGGGAUCGCUUUAACGUCAACACUAGUGGAAGAAGAAUGAGGACCAGCACUAACUAGGGCAGUGGCAUUGGUGCUUCCUUCUUGGUUAGAAGGAGCAUUUAAACCCAAAGGUUGGCCUGCACCAUGCUGAAUGAAUUGUUCAGCUUGAGAAGGAGUAUCAGGAAGAGGGAAGCUCGACCAGUUUUCAUCAUUAGGUGGGCAACUAAGAGGCUUGGGAUUCUUGUUGUAGCCACCGUCACCGGCAAAUUUGGCAGCUUUGCUAUACUUUUCUUUUAAUGCUUCGUAAUUCUUGCUAGUUUUGACAGAGUUACCAUUAAGGGUGACCAAACCAUAGUUGCUUCCUUCUUCAGUGUAUUCAUAAACCAAACCACCAGAGAAGACAGAAGCCAUCUUGUCGGAAAAGAGGGCAUCCACCUCGUUGAAAGGACGAUCAGGGGUACCGUCAGAUUCAAUACUAACCGUAUUGCAACCGUAUUCAGAAAGGAAUAAGGGAAUAGAGUAAUUGGCGAAAUCUUUCAUGCGUUGAUCAUAUCCAGAGAGGCUAAAGCUAGAGCCCGAACCACACCAUUCGUACAUGUUCAUACCAUAAAAGUCAGCACGGGCCUCAUCGUCAUCACCACAAGCAAAGAAGUCAGCACAUUGAACGCGGAUUUCAGCAACAUCUGCAGCGGAGUAACCAACAGGAAUUUGACGCUUCGAGUUAUUCUUGAUAUAUUUCUUGGCGUCACGGAGAGCAGCCUUGACCCAAGUAGUAGUAGCAGCGUUCUUGGGCUCAUUGGCAACCUCGUUACCAGCAAAGAAACCCAAAACGUUGUUAUAAUCCUUAAAGGCAUCGAUAGAAGCAAAGAUACCUUGCAAGUAAAUGGCAUUAUAACUUGAAGCGGCAUCCAAACGAGAGAUGGAGUUUUUAGAAGUUGCCAAGUCCAAAAGGACAUAAAUACCAGCAUCUUCAAGUUCCUUCAUACAUUCAUCAUGAUUGGCAGUGUUGUCUACUUGAUAAACACGAAUAGUAUUGACGUUUAAGUCCUUCAAAUAAGGGAUAUCACGCUUGCAGUUCUCAGUAACGGCCAAUGGGUCAGUUGUCGACGAAGAACCCCCCGGUUGGUAAUCAACACCACGAAGAUAGAAACGCUCAUUAGAUUCGCUAUUAAAGAAUGCAUUACCACGAACCUCAAUAUGAGGGGUACUGGCACUAACGAUGCGUCCGAUCGAAAGUAAAGCGAACGAAUGUGCCAAAAACUGCAAAAAGUUCAUACUUGGCACCGAAAAUAAAAAAAAAAAAAAAGUAUGGAAAUGAAAAGAAAGAAGAUACAAAAAUUCUUAAAAAAGAACGAUGCAAACUAAAUGAACGAAACCUCCAACAACUAAAGAAAGAAAUUUGUGGAGAAUUUGAUAAAAAGAAAAAAGAACGGCCUUUUUUAUCAAAGAAAUAAGAAAAAGUUAAUGAUUCUAUGAAUCAAACAAAAGGCUGUUAAUAGAAUAUUCUUCUAUAAACCUUUGUCAAGAUGGUAAUGGCCAAGUUACCUUAGGGUCAGGAAACCACUUAUAUACCAUUCCACGUGACGCGUUUACUGUUUCCCUCAUAAUACUACUACAAGGGUUGAGAUGCGCCAUUGCCAUGACAACCGCCGCGUGUGGGCUUUAGCUCUAAACAAACGAAAACAGCAACAUUUACUCAGAGUAAACCGAAAGACACGUGAAAGUAAUUUUACAAUCUACAAUGAAAACUGUAUAGCCU